AUCUCCAUUAAAAACAAGUGAAAAAAACGGCAAAAAAGCGUAGCGAAACACGACACGGAUUCACACAGACAGAUAUAUACAAAAAGGAUUUUCAGAUAGAGAAGAAAAAAAAAGUUUCUUUUUUUGUUUUGAUUAUUGGGUUGUUAGUUUUUUUUCUUUCUUUUCUUUCUUCUUCCCCUUUUUCUGUGUGUUAAUUUUGGGGAUCGAUGUCGGAAAAGGAAGAACUUCCGUCGACAUCGAAGUCCACCGGAGCUCCGUCGCGACCGACUUUAUCUCUUCCUCCACGGCCGUUUAGUGAGAUGUUCUUCAACGGUGGCGUUGGAUUCAGCCCUGGUCCGAUGACUCUGGUCUCAAAUAUGUUCUCCGACUCCGAUGAGUUUAGGUCUUUCUCUCAGCUCCUUGCCGGAGCCAUGGCUUCUCCGGCGGCUGCAGCUGCUGCCUCCGCCGCCGCUGCGACAGCUAGCGAUGGGAAUAACAGCUCCAGCGGUGAUGUUGACCCGAGAUUCAAGCAGAAUAGACCCACCGGUUUGAUGAUUUCGCAGUCUCCGUCGAUGUUCACCGUACCGCCGGGGUUAAGUCCGGCGAUGUUGUUGGAUUCACCGAGCUUCUUGGGUCUUUUCUCUCCCGUUCAGGGAUCGUAUGGAAUGACACAUCAGCAAGCUCUAGCACAAGUCACUGCUCAAGCAGUUCAAGCCAAUGCCAAUAUACAACCACAAACCGAGUACCCUCCUUCCUCUCAGGUUCAAUCAUUUUCAUCAGGUCAACCUCAGAUCCCGACCUCAGCUCCUGAUUCUUCACUACUAGCUCAAAGAGAAACUCCAGAUAUAAAAAUCAUCGAGCACAGGUCACAACAGCCUCUAAAUGUUGACAAACCAGCAGAUGAUGGCUAUAACUGGAGAAAGUAUGGGCAAAAGCAAGUUAAAGGCAGCGAGUUUCCUCGGAGCUAUUACAAGUGCACGAAUCCUGGAUGUCCCGUGAAGAAGAAGGUUGAGAGAUCUCUUGAUGGACAAGUAACGGAAAUCAUCUACAAAGGUCAGCACAAUCACGAACCUCCUCAAAACACGAAGCGUGGAAACAAAGAUAAUCUAAAUGGGAGUUUGAUUAAUAACAAUCGCGGGAGUUCUGAAUUGGCUGCAUCACAGUAUCAAACCGGUAGCUUUAACAAGACCAAGAGGGAACAACACGAAGCAGCAAGUCAAGCUACGACAGAGCAAGGGUCUGAGGCAAGUGACAGCGAGGAAGUCGGUAAUGGAGAGACUGGUGUGAGAGAGAAAGUUGAAGACGAGCCUGAUCCCAAGAGAAGAAGUACAGAAGUUCGGGUUACGGAACCAGCUGCUACUGUUGCUGCUGCUUCACAUCGAACUGUAACAGAGCCUAGAAUUAUUGUCCAAACGACAAGUGAAGUUGAUCUUUUGGAUGAUGGUUAUAGGUGGCGCAAAUAUGGACAGAAAGUUGUCAAAGGGAAUCCUUAUCCGAGGAGUUACUACAAGUGCACAACACAGGGAUGUGGAGUGAGGAAACAUGUAGAGAGAGCAGCAACAGAUCCAAAAGCUGUAGUAACAACAUAUGAAGGAAAACAUAACCAUGAUCUUCCAGCAGCUAAAUCAAGCAGCCAUGCCGCUGCAGCGGCACAGUUAAGGCCUGAAAAUAGACAUAACUUAAAUCAGCAGCAGCAGCCCGUUGCACGUCUAAGGCUGAAAGAAGAGCAAAUAACUUGAGAGAAGAAAACUCUGUACAUCUCUAUCAACUCAACUUCCACUCUGAUAUUUUUCGUGACAAAGUUUUCAGCUUUGAUGGAAUCUUUUUGGUUGAAGCUGAAGAUUUGUUGCGAACAGGUUUCUACAUCCACCUUUCUGAAUGAGAAAGAGCUUCAGAAGCAGCUGUUCUUGCAUGUUCUGGUGUAAAAUUUGAAGCUUUAUAGGUUUUUUCAGAUUUCUGUGUUCUUAUGUGAAUUCUUUUGUACAUGAGGAAGAAAAUUACAGGGGGGGUUUUGUGUUGUAUCUUUGUGUUAUUGUUUCAGUUUAUAGAUUUUACAUUUGUGGAUGAAAUUCUGUUGUAAUGUCAAACUCUGUUUUUUUUUUUUUUUUUUUUUUUGUUUACUACCAUAUUAUUACAGAAUAGUUAUUGACUUAAAUUGCUUGCUUU